AUGCUUUCUGUCUUCGGCGACAAGUCUGAUCUCUGUUGUUCUUCAUCAGCUUCAAAUCUUCCUCUUAGUGAUAAGAAGAAAGACAUUGUUAGACCUCCAAACACAACUUCACUUCGAUCGCUUGCAGAGCUCCUCAGUUUCAAAUCCCUUAUCUCAUCAUCAACAAAAUCAAUCCACCAAAACCUCCUGCCUCAUGACGAUGCUCUAGUGGCUCCACGUCGUGCCCCUUCCUCAUCGUCAUGCCCCUUCUCAGCUACAGUCAUCAGCAACAAUGAAGAUCUCCUAAUUCAGAUUUUACUUUUCCUGCCACCAAAAUCGCUUAUUCGCUUUCAGUGCAUUUCAAAGCAAUGGCGUGCACUCAUUUCAAGCACCCGAUUCUGUCGCCUUCACUUGCAGAAGAGUCGCACCACCUCGUCUAGUGCUUCAGAAGCCGGUCUCUUCUUGUAUCGAAGAAUAUACGAGAACUUUGAGCUGAAUGCUAUCUCUCUAUGUCAUGACAGAUCAACUGCAAUGGGUAUGAUAACUUCACGCUUCGUUAAUUUUGUUGGCAUGGAGGGUGAAAUUUUAGGUUUUCAUUCUUGUAACGGGCUAAUCUUCAUUGAUUUUUGGUGGAAUUAUGAUAUUCGAAGAUACUAUGUCUAUAAUCCAACGACCAAUCAAUAUCGGCUUAUUCCACAGCCAGAUAUUGAUGGAAAAUCUCGAACAACCACAGCUGUGAACAUUGUUUUUGAUCCGCUCAUGUCUGAUGAGUACAGGUUAGUAUGUGUGCUGUCAAAAGUAAUAGACGAAGAAAUGGAAAUAGGUGAGUUUUAUUUCUUGGUCUAUUCCUCAGAAACUGCGGUUUGGAAGGAAUGUACUGAUGUCAAAACUGAGGGAACAGAUUACUACCAUUUCAAGCAGGGAGUCUAUUGGAAUGGUAAUCUUUAUUGGAAGAAUGGAAACAGUUCUUUACUAUGUUUUGAUUUCGAGCAUAAUUGCGUAAGGAAAAUGAAAAUGACAAGGACUCCAUCACCACGGCCACCAUCGCCAUAUUUGAUAAAUUAUUACUUCGGUGAAUCAGGAGGGAACUUGCAUCUGAUCCAUCAAUUUAAGCCUCAACCUAAUUUUUUUCAUAUAAGGGAGUUGGAAUUGGAGUUGGGGUUAGGGAGAUACAAUUCAAGAUGGUUGCUGAAGUAUCGAGUUGAUAUUGGAGCUUUGACAGCAAGGUAUCCAUUACUUGUGAAUGAGAGGAUUGCUGCUUAUGGGAACCAAUUUGUACUUGGGAUACCAUAUUUUCUUGCGGACAAGAAAGAAAACAAGGCAAAGGUAAUGAUCUCUUUACGAGGUAAAAUCAUUCUUCAUGAGAUUAUCAGUGGAAGUAUUGAAGAGCUGGUUGAAAUUGAGCCGGCUAAUCUUCAAUUUUUAGGGUAUUGCAUGUCAUUUUACGAUUGGAAAGCUGCAUUCAAGCAUUUCGAGACACUAGCUUGUGUUUAA